GCUGCAGAAACACCAGUUGAACCAUCGAUUCCAGAGGUAGUAGACUACACAGGGCUUCGGCCCACGCCAGAGAUGACGGAAGAGCCACUGGCACCCCAGGAAGAUCAAUAUGGGCAUCAUCAUGGCAGCGCAUCCGGAUUUGCGUUUCUCCGCUUCGUUCGGAUUAGACUGGCCAGCUUGCCAUCGCUAUCACUAGACUACCCCGAUCGAUUGCCGAGACUCUGAUUCUUAAUUACUUUGACUUUGGUCUGAUGAUGUCUCGUAC